CUCUAUCAAACAAAAUGAGGCAAAAAUUCUGCCUAUGUUUUAAAAAGAUUGAACACAUAUCCUCAAGUAGAAUUCAAAUCCAGUCACAUUGCCACAGCAAUGGAGGUGAAACCAACAGAGAAAUGACCUUUGUGCUCUCCAAACCUCUACUACUAAAAAUACCCAUGACACUAUAUGCCACCGACAUGAACGGCUCGCCGCACAAAUUAAUUACACCUCGUAAACACAAAUUAAGCCCUCAAAUCUUAAUUAACCUUGUUUGCAAUUAACCACCCUGCGUGCAUCGUCCUUCCUUAAUCCAAGAACGUGAACACUUGCGAGAGAAAAAAUCAUUUGCGGCUUCAUUUGAUCGGUCGCCGUCAGUGACCGGCCGGCUGUUCGCCGCGGCGGCGAUGGCGCGCCGGGUGCUGGAGGUGACGCUGGUCUCGGCCAAGAACCUCAAGAAGGUGACGAUGUUCUCCAAGAUGCGCGUGUACGCCGUGGCGUCCAUCUCCGGCGGCGACCCGCGGGUGCCGACGCACCGGACGCACGCCGACCGGGAGGGCGGCCGGAGCCCCAUGUGGCACGCGCCGCUCCGCUUCCCCAUCCCCGACGCCGGCGCCGACAUGCGCGCCAUCGCGCUGCACGUGCUGCUCCGCGCCGAGCGCGUCUUCGGCGACAGCGACGUCGGGGAGGUGUUCGUCCCGGUCAAGGACCUCGUCGCCGCGGCGCCCGAGGGCGGCGAGCACAGGCACCUCAGCUACCACGUGCGCCGCCCCGUCAGCGGCCGGAAGUGCGGCGUGCUCCACAUAUCGUACCAGAUCACCGACGAAGCCGCCGAGCCGGCGUCCGCCGCCGGCGCCCGCGGCGCGUCGUCGACGCGGCAUGUCAGCGGGAAGGGCCUCCAGCUCAGCGCGAUCACCGCGUACCCGUCGGCCGGGCGCCACAGCGGCGGCCGCCGCGGCGCGGCGCAGUCGCCAACGCUGGCGUACCACCACGGCUCGCCCUACGGCGGCGGCGGCGGCGGCGCGCACGCGCAGCACCACCAUCACCACCACCACCAUUACGGGUACGGCUAUGGCCCAGCGCCGUACGGCCAUGGCGCGGCGAGUCACGGCGGUGGAGGAGGGAUGGGGAUGGGGGCGGGGCUCGGCAUGGGGGUCGUCGGCGGCGCGGUCGCAGGGAUGGUGCUCGCCGACAUGCUCGCCGACGGCGAGAUGGACACGCCCUUGGACGCCGGCAUGAGCUGCUGAUCCAUCCGUACGUGCUGCACGACUCUUGAUGUAAUUAAUAAUAAUCAGGUGUCACAAUGGGCAUUGCACUGUUUGGCAGUGACAUGAAUAUAUCAUGGAAGUUUUUAUCCCUUUCUAAUUUGCACAUAUGAAUUUGGAACAAAGAUCUAUGUCAAAAUGACUACUAUUAUCAAUUUGUUUGUUUGUUUUAGUCCGAUAAGGAUAUGAAAUGCUAUGAUCUCGCCUUGAA